AUCUGCCCCUCAGAGUGACAAGAAGCUACUGGCUUUCCUGCUCUUACAGAACUAACACUUCUGGCUCAUGCAGAAUCAUGGGUCACUACUUGAAUGACACAACCUGUGUAAAUUGGGGUAGAAGUACCCAUCACCUUAUAAGACAAUCAGCUAUAGGAGAACACAUUCCAAGAAAUGUCGAAAGAGGAAGAGGCUGGAUGUAAGAUGAACUCUGUCACCUGUAAACAUAAAGAACGCAAGCCCAAAAAACCUCAUUAUAUCCCCCGGCCGUGGGGAAAGCCGUAUAACUACAAAUGUUUUCAGUGCCCCUUUACGUGUAUGGAGAAGUCACAUCUGUACAACCACAUGAAAUACAGUCUGUGCAAGAACUCCCUGUCCCUUCUUAUAGAGUCAGAUUGGCCCUACAAAAAAAGCAACUUCCUCAUCCCCGAAAUGAACCUACAUCAUGAAACGCAUUCAGAUGGCAACCAGGAAAAGCAGGAUGCUUGUGAUUCCACAGGAUCGAACUCUACAAAAUCUAGACAGGUUGGUGAGAAAGCAUCUUCUGAGGUUCAGAGAUUCCUGGAGGAAGAGGAUGAGAGACCAGAAGAAGAGGAGGAGGAAACGAUGGACCAAGCUCGGAAGGAGAAAAGCAAGAACGUCCCCUGUCUGCAAGCCCCUAUAGGCAAAAGUGAGGCCAGUGCAAACGUGACAGGGACAAAGAGCAAAAGGGAGAUGCUGGCCAAAGAGGGCGAGCCAGAGUUCAUAAUCACAGAUGUUUUCUCAUUAGAAGGACACUGUGAAAAGGAGAGAGAGGAACACAGAUUUGCCAAGGCGACUCGGAAAUCUUCCAGUAGUCUUGGAGCUUCUAGGGUGGAUCAGUGGAAGCUGCUGACCAGUACACUUAAGAAAGGUGGAACAGAAACACCAGUAGGGUGCAGCAUUCCUAAUAUCAUUCCUUGUUACCCACCCCCAACAUACACUGAAUAUCAAGAACACCAGGGUCUCUCACUUUUGGGUCUCAAUUAUCCACUGAACACCAAUCUCUUCUCAUAUUUGAACCCCACCAUGACAAGUGGUACAGCGCAGCUACCAUUCUUAGCAUCCACAGCUCAACUAAUGCACCCGUCACACUCCUCCCACAUUCAAUCUUUGCAAAACCCAGAGAGGUCUUCUUAUCUUCCCAGAUUCUAUUAUCCACUGUUGUUCGAGCAUGCCUUUAGCACACCUGAUGCAAAAAUGGCAGCAGCAAAGCCAGUGAGCCAGGCCCAACCAGCCACCACAUUUGUAGCUACUCCAAAACCAAACACAUCUGUGGAGCCUUUGAAAACCUACCAGCAAAAAUCCUCAGAAGCGAGUAGCACAAUCUCUUGGGGAUCUGGAGACAAGUUGCAAAACUUAACCUUGGCUCAAAACAAGUUAGAGGAGGAAGUCAAGUGGAUACCCCAGACAGUGAGAGAAAUCAUUAAACAGCAGAAGGAGAUUCUUGGUGUGUAUGGAGUGCAAACCUCCAGACCCAAUGAAGCCUCUACUCAGAAAAGGAGCAGUGAAGCGUCUCCUUGGGAAAAAACAAGUCCUACAAGAUGCAUGAAGAAGAAGCCCUGGUUAAAAAGAGAUGGGCAAGAUGUGGUAAUUGAACAUACAACCUCUUUGGCCGAAGCAGAAAGAACAUUCCAUAACAGCACUUGUUCUCCCAUACCCACACCUGAUCACUAUCAUGAGAAAAGUCCCAUUCUGGACGUCACUGCCUGUAAGAGGAGACGAGGAUCUGAGACCAUUAGUGAAAACACAGAUCCCAUGGUUGUCAAUGCAUCUCUGCUCAUUGGGGACCUCUCCCGGACCCUGGAGGAAUACGGGAAGGUGGAACAGAAGCUGGCCAACCUGACAUCUGAGGACAGUAGUCGACAGAGAACUCUAGGAGAGCAACUUGGUAAGAUAAGACUCGAGCUCCUACAUAUCCACCAGGCUUUAGAGAAGGCAACAUGCCCUCAUGAGGGACCAUUAGACCUUUCUAUUAAGAGGGCAGAAGACAUGGGUAAAGAAGAUCCAGAAACGAUGCCAUCAAGACAAGAACCACAAGCAUCCCCAUCACCUGAAGGCCCACCCAAACAGGUAGUUAAAGUGGAACUUUUGCCACCAGAAUUGGUGACAUGUUACGCACGUCCCACUAAAUGUGAAGCAGACUCCAGUGUACUGCUUUGCCCAGAUGGAAGGGUCGGGGGUAAUGGGGCUGUGCAGCCACAGGUUGCCAUACAGGAAGAUGGGGGAGGUAUUGGUGUAGGAUUCGGGAGACGCCAUCUGCAAAUGGAGAAUGUGUGAUGCCUCUAUAGCUAAAGCGAUGUAAAGCAUAUUGCAGGCUUAUGUUUGCACUGAGGUGGUAAAUACUCUUGUGAUGCUGCUUGGCCUGCCUUCCACAGUUAUAUUGCCAUAUACAAAAGACUCUAAGGGACGUUAAAUAGAGAAGACCAGAAGCACAAUGCUCUUGGUUCAGCAUAACAAAAAGAUCAUUCAGCCACCACACUGUGACAGAUUUGCAGCUUGUUACAAGAGAGCUGCGGCUCACUGUGUCCCCAUGGCGUAACCCAACAGCUCCUACAAGACCUCAGUGAGAGAAGCCCAAGACUGGGGAGGGGGCAUUCUGACGGGAAAACAUGUCCUCUCAGCACAAGGGGGAACUGAGGACACAAUCACUUGUUUGACUCUAAGCACAUAUACUAAAUAUAUUGGAACUCAUUAUUAAAGGAGAUUGAAGAGUAUGUUACCAUAAUUGUCUAUUUAUUGUAAUAUAAACACAAGAAGAUGGAAUGUGAAAUAUGCUGUAACUCAAAUGUUGAACUUUUCUGCCACACAAUGUACAAGAGAUCUAUCAUAAGACACUCACUACUAAUGAAGUAGUCUGUCCAUUAUUAUAUAGAACAUUUGUUCCUU